AUGGAAACCAUAGUAAAGAAGCUUAUAGAUGUCCAAACAGAAAUAUCUAAAAGUGACUUGUUGUCGGGUCCUGGAGAGGAUUUGUUGACCAUGACAAUAGGACCGAAGCACCCUGGUCGUACUAGGGCGGUGACGCAUGAUGUUGGAUUAAGAAACGGGAUGCAUGGACUUGACAGAAAAAAGAGGAAAGCCCGUGACAAAGAAGCUGUUAGUAAGAUACAAGUGCAGUUAGAUCAAAGUAUGACCCAAUUGGCAGUGUUAAGAACAAUAUUUGUGAUGCAAGAGUCUAGGAACCAAGUUCCGGAUAAUGUAUGCUUCGGUGUUCAAAACAAUAGUUAUGGCUCAGCGUCGACAUUGGAUAUUUUAGAUACAAUAAAU